AGAAUAACCCGAUGACAUCACACACGCCGUGAAAGACGACCGGGGAUAAUUGGUCUCUUCUUGUAAUCCUACCCCUUACCCACCAUGCACUGGGAGGUUUCUAAGGCGACCCUGACAGUCAACAAACAUGGCUGCUGCUGCUGCUGCUGCUGCAGGGAGCUCUCACAAACAUGAGCGAUCCUGCUCCCACAUCCCAACGUUCUCAGCUCGACAUCCCAUGAUCCCCAAACUGUAUGUGAUGCCAUGGAAACAGGACAUGAGGAACCAGAGGCUGCUGAUGAAGAACGCAGCUCUGGCAGAGAUCCCUGUGGUUCCUCUGGAGGAGUCCUUGUGUUUUUGUGGUCGGGAGCGUCUCUGCCACAGUCAGGACUGCACUCACCGCUCCGCCUCCUCCUCCUCCUCCUCUUCCUCUGCUCCUCUCAGCCAGACAGGACUGACAGCUCACCACUCCUCCCACUUCUCCAGGUACAACAGCUCUGUGAUUACCACCAGGCGACUCUACCAAGCCUGAAGACUCAUCACACAAACACUAAUAAACCUGUCUGCUUUACACUUUCUCUGUCUUACUAUAUAAUGAUGAAAACUCUGUGUGUGUGUGUUCCACGUUUUUCUCCUCACUGACUUGGUCAAUCCAUGUGAAAUUUGGCACAGUGGUAGAGGGUCAUGGGAGGAUGCCAAUGAAGCAAUAUUACAUCAAUUGGCCAAAGGGGGGCGCUAUAGCAACCCACUGAAAUGUCAAACUUUGAAUGGGCAUAUCUCAUGCCCCGUAUGUCGUAGAGACAUGAAACUUUGCACAGAGAUGCCUCUCCUCAUGAGGAACACAUUUGCCUCAAGAACCCAUAACUUCCGCUUAUAUAGAUUUUCCGCCAUUUUGAAUUUUUUGAAAAACACUUCAAAUGGAUCUCUUCCUAGGAAGUUUGAGCGAUCUGCAUGAAACUGGGUGAACAUAAUCUAGGGAGCAAUAUCUAAAGUUCCCUCUUGGCAAAAGUUGGAAAACUUCCUAAAACUGAGCUUCUAUAAGGCAAUGAAUAUUGCGGAGGGCGUGGCUCAUCACAUAAAGGUGUAGAACAUCUCAAGGGUUUCACCCAUCACCACGCAACUUUGUAGGCAUAUGACCACACAUAAUCUGAGGGGACCCCUCCAUUAUUGAGCCCAUCAAACAAAAUGGGGGCGCUAGAGAGCUCAUUUCUUAUCUAGGCCUAACCGCCAUAUGGAUUUUUACUAAACUUGGUAGAUAUGUAGAACAGGACGCCUCAAGGUGACUGGAGAAAUUUAACUCUAAUUGGCAACUGGGUGGCGCUAUAACAACAGAAAAAUGCUUCAAAAUGGCUAAAAUGCGACUGAUCGCUGUGGCUCCCCCUGUGGACCAAUGUUGGUGUUGUUUCUAAUGUUUGGUAUGACUAAGUCAUGGUAUGGUAUGCUGUACUCAGUGGGUAUGGACUAGUUCUGAUAUAGUUAUAUUAAGACACUUGGUUCCUUCCCAUCUGACAUUCUAAUGUUGAACAUGGUUCGAUCACUGUUGAAUAAUGUUUUCAUUUUGAAAGUUGAAUCAACGUUGAUUUCGCAAUAUUGUUUUAAUAUUGUUUCAUAAACCUUGAAUGUUGUUUCAAAAUUGUUUCAUUGCUGGAGCAGAUCUUUCUAAAAUUUCUGUGUUCAUUUAUGAGACUUUUGUUGACCUUUUCACAACCAUCAGAAUUAAACAUUGUGUCAGUGUUGUUUUAAUGUUUAAACAAUAACUGACAUAAUUUCAACCACAUUACAGCGUUGCAGAUUGGUUGUCUGCCAGCUGGGUUGGUUGAGUUUGCAAAAGAGGAAUGAGUCCCUUUUCAGAUAAACAGGAGAACCAGGAAGCUACACAAGAUAUUCAAAUGGCAAACUAAAAUCUGCAAACUACUGAUGAAGAAAUAAGAACGAGGCAGAAAGCCUAACUACUGAAGAUAUGUAAAAUACCACAACCAUGGAAAAACAUACUGUAUACUUUAUAUAUGCUGCAUAAGUAUUGAAGACAAAAAAAAAACCCAACCAACAACAACCUAUAAAAAAAUUGAUGUGUUUAUAGAUGCAGGAACAAAAGUGAUAAGCAAUGACCCAGAUGUGCACAGAAAGUACAGACAGAUUUUAUUCAGAUUCAGAUUCAGAUUCAGAAUACUUUAUUAAUCCCCGGGGGGAAAUUGUUUUUGUUCCAAUGCUCUGUGCAAAGUAGAAAUAGAAAUACAGCAUGAAUGGAAACAAGAGAUAAAGAUGGAGAUAUAAAUAAAAUACUAAAAUAGACAAUGAAAUAAGUAAAAUAAAAUAUUAAAGUAGACAUUAAAAUAAAAUAAAUAAUAAAAUAGUAAAGUAAACAAUCUGAAAUAUGUACAAUAUGCAAUGAAAUGGUUGUAGCGUUAUAAAUGAAUUUAUUUAAAUAAUUUUAUUUAGAGAUUUGAGGCAGAAAAACAAAUACAGGAAAGAUUUAUAACAGCUUUAAUACCAUGGCUGUUGAACAUACUAAUUUCUGAUUGGCUGACAGGUGUCUUUUCAAAAGGGUCACUGCCUCUUUCCUACCUGCAUAUCUGUAUCCAUCUCCUAUUUGCUGUUUAUGCUCUAUGUAAUGGGAUAAUAAUGUGACGAACCCCCUGUUCCUGUUUCUUUUUGUCUGCAGUACUUCUUUAAAAUCAACAAGGUCAUUGUGAGUUUGAUCAGUGUGACGCUCAGUCAGCUCCUGCACUUCUCAUAUUCACCACAGGGUGUCAGUGUUUGUGAAUGUAACACAUCAGUGGAGCUUCAGCACCUCAGACAGAUAGCAGGUUUGAAGUAAAUCACUAAGAUUUAAUAAUCUCUAAAACCAGGA